AGUGUCUUCCUCUACUGCGCCGUCAUCAUAUCAAAUGUCAUGAGUCGCGGUUUUGACUCUCACUUUGGACCACCGUCGCAGCCCAUCAGUGUCGCAGAGUUUCUACAGGAAGCAAAUUCUGCACUGCUGUCAGGAUCUCUUACCAAUGCCUCAUGGGAGCAGUUAACUCCCGAGUACGAUAAUGCUGCCGAAGCAGAGAUCAGCGGAAGCAUUUCAGAGCUCAAAUCAUCUCUUGAACAAGUAUGGGACAACCCUGUAUUGUCAGCCCACGUGCUGCGCCAGCAUGAGUCUACUGUAGCGGCCGUGCGCGGCCAAGCAGAUGCACCGGCACCGAAAGGAAGAAAGCGCAAACGCUAUGUUGCUCCAGAGGGUAGCGAAUCUGCCCCAGAAGUGCUGCAGCUGCAAGAGAAGCUUGACGCUGUCAACCUCAAAUGUUGGGGAUUAACCGUGGAGUCAGCGCUUUGUAUGCGUGCUGCUAAAAAUUCCGAUUAUAACGCGCUCGAUGCGCCCAAGAAGACGGGAACAGGCGUUCUCCGUACUAUAAAUCACGGAGACGUUGGUGCGACGCGUAACUCGACGCCAGACUCUCUCAGGAGCCCCAGCCCCAAUGCAACCUCAUAUCUGAACGCAGUCAUUUCGCUAACAGUAUACAACCGCAUCACUUAUCUUCCGAGCUGCCUGACGCGCUCCUCACAACACGCUGUACUAUCCACGCAAACAUUAGAUGAUCUAUUGCGCGUCAUACCAUGCGCCUCCAGCAAUAUGCCGAUAGAACAUCUAGAUGCCGAAGGAGACAUAUCUGGCUACAACCUCCCCGAUCAAACAGGGGAACAUUCCGGGAGUUUGUUCUGCAUCGAGGGCCUCGUUUACGGGGAUAGGAGCGAAAAUACCGAUUACGCAGAAAAGCUGAUAGCUCAUUUUCAAAAACUGCCAGAGGGGAAACGGCCGAAAAUUACAAAAGCAUCGACCUCUGCCAGUGAAACCGCCUUCAGCGCGCUCACGCUGAGAAUACAUCAACCUUACUGGAUUCUACAUCAGGGCAAUUGCGAACACUUUUUCGUUAUUGACCAGAUCAGGCAUGGGUUGUUCCAUUUUAACUCCAUAACAACCCUAAAUGUGAUAUGCAGACUGGCCCACCCGUCAGACCCGCCAUCAGGCUAUCCAUUGAUGCUUCACCUCACCCCAACGCUUCAGGAUCUCUGUCGUGCCUGUGGCAAAGUCCCAGCUGUACAUUCGAUCGUGGGCGACAUGCGUCUCGGUGAAAGUCCGUGCCUCUUGUGUGCACCUUGCUGGCGCACAAUGGGUCCUCCCAAGAAUGACGAAGACGUGAUGGUUGUACCUCUCGUAAUACAUCCGUAAAUCAAAAGCACAGUCGAGAACCAAUGCAAGUGACCCUGAAAACUCGUGCCCGAGGCCGAUGACUCAAAGGAACAACCGCCAUAAGGAUGAUUCGGAUUUGAACAACUUGAAUGAGUG